GAGACGACACUGGCCUCCUUCCCCCACCGGCCCAUCCCUCACCGCCAGCCCUCCCUCCCAGUGCAGAGGCUAAAAAUACCCUUUCAGCCCCACGUGGUCACCCGGCCCUCCUGGCCCCCUCGGCCAGCUGGCCAGUCCUGUCCUCCAGUCUGAGUCCUCAGCAACGGGGUGCAGGGGCCCACUGAGAGGAGUCUCUCCUGGGGCCCGCCGUGUGGGCUCCGCAGUCAUGGUGCAGAACGUGGACGACCUGGACUUCCACCUGCCCUCCCACGCCCAGGACAUGCUGGACGGGCUGCAGAGGCUGCGCUCCCAGCCCAAGCUGGCCGACGUCACGCUGCUGGUGGGCGGCCAGGAGCUGCCCUGCCACCGCGGCCUCCUGGCGCUCAGCAGCCCCUACUUCCACGCCAUGUUCGCGGGCGACUUUGCCGAGAGCUUCUCGGCGCGCGUGGAGCUGUGGGACGUGGAGGCCGCCGUGGUGGGGCAGCUGGUGGACUUCGUGUACACGGGCAGGCUGACCAUCACCCAGGCCAACGUGGAGGCGCUGACGCGCACGGCCGCGCGCCUGCACUUCCCCGCCGUGCAGAAGGCCUGCGGCCGCUACCUGCAGCAGCAGCUGGACGCCACCAACUGCCUGGGCAUCUGCGAGUUCGGGGAGCAGCAGGGGCUGCUGGGCGUGGCCACCAAGGCCUGGGCCUUUCUGCGGGAGAACUUCGAGGCCGUGGCGCGGGAGGACGAGUUCCUGCAGCUGCCCCGAGACCGGCUGGCCGCCUGCCUGGCCAGUGACCUGCUGCAGGUGCAGCCGGAGCAGAGCCGGCUGGAGGCCCUGCUGCGCUGGGUGCGCCACGACGCCCAGGCCCGGGCCACGCACCUGCCCGAGCUGCUGGGCCUGGUGCGCCUGGAGGCGGUGCCUAGGCCCUGCGUGCAGCAGCUGCUGGCCACCGAGCCGCUGAUCCUGCAGUCGGAGGCCUGUCAGGCGGCCCUGUCCCGGGGCCAGGAUGGGGCCCCGCCGGCCCUGCCCCGGCCGCAGCAGCUGGAGGAGGUGCUGGUGGUGGUGGGCGGGCGGGCCCUGGAGGAAGAGGAGGGUGCCGAGGAGCCUGACCCCCACCUGGGGAACUUCGCUUUCUACAACACCAAAGCCAAGAGGUGGACGCCGCUCCCCAACUUCCCUGACUUCCACAAGUGGGGCUUCUCCCUGGCCGCGCUGAACAACAGCGUCUACGUCACAGGUGGCUCAAGGGGCACCAAGACGGACACCUGGUCAACCACCCAGGCCUGGUGCUUCCCAAUGAAGGAGGCAGCCUGGAAGUUGGUGGCACCCAUGCUGAAGGCCCGCACCAACCACGCCAGCGCGGCGCUCAACGGGGAGAUCUACGUCAUUGGCGGUAAGGCCACUCUCUCCUCCAUUCCCAGGCUGCCUCCUGCUCCUCUGAGCCCCCUCCCCACCUCUCUGCAGCCUGGGGAGGCGUGGAGUGUGAUCGCCUCGCCCUUCCUGCCCAAGUACCUGUCGUCGCCUCGCUGUGCCGCCCUGCAGGGGGCGCUCUACCUGGUCGGCGACAACACCAAGAAGGUCUACGUGUACGACCCGGGGGCCAACCUGUGGCAGAAGGUGCAGUCCCUGCACAGCCUUCAUGAGAAUGGCGCGCUGGUGCCGCUGGGCGACACGCUGUACCUGACGGGCGGCCGCUGGCAGGGCAUGGACGGCGACUACCACGUGGAGAUGGAGGCCUACGACCCUAGGCGGGAUGCCUGGGUCCGCCACGGUGCCCUGCCCCGCCUCUGGCUCUACCACUGCGCCUCCACCGUCUUUCUGGACGUGUCCAUGUGGACCCAGCCCUUCAGCCACGCCCAGGAGCACUGAGCUGCCCCUCGGCUCCUCCUCACACCUGGAGGCCGCCUGCUGACCCCCCGUGGAAGUUCCCCCAUUUAUUUUUGCUUGUUUGUUCACCUGGCUGGGGCUGGGCUCAGGCGACCAGGGACGUCAGAGGGACAUGGUCCUGGUCUCCGCGGCCACCACACCAACUCUGAGCUGACCAGCGGCAGGGGCCCACAGGGGUGUCUGAGGCCUCAGAAGAGGAGCUGAGUGUCCGGGAAGCAUUGUGAGAGCUCAGUGGGCUGGCCCUGCAGAGGAAGCUGCACAAAUGAGGGGUGACGCAGAGUGGCCAGGACACUGAAGCUGCUGGGGAGGGUGAGCGGCCUGGCCCCCAGCUGUGUGAUCACGGCCAGCAGCCAUCCUCUCCAGGACUAAGGCUCAGAUCCAGGGCCCACGAGCCAGCUCAGGUGGGCUGUUGGCUCGCCCGCCCCCUACCCCCAACCUCUGCAUGUUGGCACCUUGUUCCCAAGGCUGCUUCUGGGGACAAAGGAGGACUCCCCCCAGCUUUUCUGUGUCACACCCUAGGAGGGCAGCACCCAACCAACACACUGGAAGGAAGGAAUCGGUUGUGGUGACGGGAGAGGGGGUCCUGCCUGCGCAGGGCUGGGGGAGGUCAGCGAAGGCUUCCAGGGAGGUG